ACCACCGACACCCUGAAUUCCUGUUGCUUCUCUGAUCGUGCGGCUUGCUUUGUUGGGGAUACGGGACAGAACGGGAAAGAUCGCGGAGCGCGGCCGCUCCUUGCCGGCUGCCGCUUUUCGACCAGCUCAAUGCCGGAGAAGAAGCCGAGGCGUCGUGGUGUGGUCAGCAGCUUGCGGGCUCGUUCAAGCAGCUUGGUGGGCGCGCCGGCUCGGGGCCGCUGACCGAGGCUGCGGACUUGAAGGCGGCAGGCGGGUCUUACCAAUGAAGGUGCUGAGGAAUAAAAUAAAGCCAACAACAAUCCAGUGUUCAGCAGCAACCUGUACUUGGCUCUUGAGUACUGCAAUGGAACUUCUGGAAGAAGACCUGACAUGCCCCAUUUGUUGUAGUUUGUUCGAUGAUCCACGAGCAUUGCCUUGUUCACAUAACUUCUGCAAGAAAUGUUUGGAAGGGAUCUUGGAGGGAAAUGCUCGGAACAUGAUUUGGAGACAGUCUCUCUUCAAAUGCCCCACAUGUCGGAAGGAAACCUCUGUUACAGCAGUUAACAGCCUCCAAGUCAACUAUUCCCUUAAAGGAAUUGUGGAGAAGUAUAACAAGAUUAAGGUAACCACAAAAAUGCCCAUGUGUAAAAUGCACAGUGGCCAGCCUCUCAACAUUUUUUGCCAGACAGACACAAAAUUGAUAUGUGGUGUCUGUGCAACUCGGGGAGAUCAUAUAAAACAUGCGUUUUGCUCCAUUGAAGAUGCUUACUUUCAGGAAAAGCGUGCUUUUGAGAUAUUGUUUCAGGGUUUUGAAAUAUGGCAUUGUGGGGAUGCACAUUCUCGUCUUGAAACACUGGAAACCAGCAAACGGAAAGGUCUCCAGAUGCUGACAAAGGACUACGACAGAGUAAAAGAAUUUUUUGAGAAGUUGCAGUAUACCUUGGAACAAAAAAAGAAUGAGAUACUUUCAGACUUUGAGACGAUGAAACUUGCAGUUAUGCAGGCAUAUGACCCAGAAAUUAAUAAACUGAAUACUAUCAUAAGAGAGCAACGAACAGCUUUUAGCAUUGCAGAAGCUUUUAAGGAUGUGUCUGAACCCAUUGUAUUUUUGCAGAAAAUGCAAGAAUUUCGAGAGAAAAUCAAAGUGAUCAAGGAAACCAGAUUGCCUUGUCUUACUGUAGAUAUCAACUCCACAAUUAAAGCCUUUGAUACUAGACAGUGGGAACAAUUUAAGCUAGCAGAUGUGGACAAACUUUCUUUACCACAGGAGAAAGACCCAUUUUACAGGGUAAUUUCUCCAUUCUUUUCAUCCAAGUUUAUUUUAACUACUUUGUUUUGUUUGCUUAUAUUUGUUACUAUGCAUAUAUGCUUUAUGGAUUUUUUGGUUGAUAGUCUACAAUACUGGAAAACUCUUGUCUCUGCAUUUGGCUCAGGGUAUCUGGCAGAGACAACAGAGAUGGCAGAUCAUGCUAUCUUGUACUGGGAGAAAAUGACAGAUUGUGCUGUAGUUUUAAGUGAAAAAUGUGUAAAUUAUAUCCUUAUAAUAUUGGAUAACAUUGCUCAAUUUGUGUACAAAUACAAACUUUUAUAACUAUUACUACUGUACAGGAAGCAUGUAUUAGAAGUGAUUGUUUUAAUGUUUAACAACAGGGAAGAAAGACAUGGAUAAGCUCCAGUGGGUAAAUUUUUGAAAUUACCUUUCUCUUUAAAUACUGAUUCUAUUUAUUUUCCUGUGGCUUAAGUGUUUUGCACACUUUGAUUCUAAAAGAAGGUGACUACUUAUUUGAAAAUGCUCCUUUCUGGUACUCUUGUUUUUCCAAAGUGAGAAAUGAAUUGGAUGUAUAAUAUGAUUGUGCAUAUUAGAAUGUGUUAAAAAUGAAAUGCAGAACAGCAGAGUGAAUUUCAGAGUAAAGGAGGGCAUGGUAUAGGUUGAGAAAAAGCAUAAUCACAUGUAUGCAAGCAGUCAGCCUGGACUUUCAGAAAUAACAUACAUUCUAAAAUACAUGAAUUUUUCAUUAAUUUUUAUCUCAUCUUUCUACUAAAAAUGGUGCUCAAGGUA